CAGGUGUGACGAAACCCAAUCAGCAUCAACAUGAUGAUUCCCUCUGAGCUCACCCUUUGCUCUAGGAAUGUAAAAACAGCUGAGACGAAAAAUACAGCGGUAGCAACGAAGUUGAUUACACCCGCGUUAGUUGACAGAAGCAGCUCGGCAUCAUGAGGGAGAUUGUUCAUAUCCAGGCCGGUCAGUGUGGAAACCAGAUUGGUGCUAAGUUCUGGGAAGUGAUAAGUGAUGAACACGGCAUCGACCCCACGGGCAGUUAUCAAGGUGACAGUGACCUGCAGUUGGAGAGGAUAAAUGUGUACUACAAUGAAGCAUCAGGUAACAAGUUUGUCCCCCGGGCCAUCCUGGUGGAUUUGGAGCCAGGCACCAUGGAUUCGGUUCGCUCUGGGCCCUUCGGACAACUGUUCAGACCAGACAAUUUUGUCUUUGGUCAGAGUGGAGCUGGGAACAAUUGGGCUAAAGGCCACUACACAGAGGGUGCAGAGCUAGUCGACUCUGUCCUGGAUGUGGUGAGGAAGGAGUCUGAGAACUGUGACUGCCUGCAGGGCUUCCAGCUGACCCACUCCCUGGGAGGGGGCACUGGUUCUGGCAUGGGCACCCUGCUCAUCAGCAAGAUCCGCGAGGAGUACCCCGACCGCAUUAUGAAUACCUUCAGCGUCAUGCCCUCGCCCAAGGUGUCCGACACGGUGGUGGAGCCUUACAAUGCCACCCUCUCCGUCCACCAGCUGGUGGAGAACACAGAUGAGACCUUUAGCAUCGACAACGAGGCCCUCUACGACAUCUGCUUCCGCACGCUCAAACUGACCACACCGACCUACGGAGACCUCAACCACCUGGUGUCAGCCACCAUGAGCGGGGUCACAACCUGCCUGCGCUUCCCCGGCCAGCUCAACGCCGACCUCCGCAAACUGGCCGUCAACAUGGUGCCCUUCCCCCGCCUGCACUUCUUCAUGCCCGGCUUUGCACCCCUUACCAGCAGGGGGAGCCAGCAGUACCGCGCUCUCUCCGUGCCCGAGCUCACCCAGCAGAUGUUCGAUGCCAAGAACAUGAUGGCGGCCUGCGACCCUCGCCACGGCCGCUACCUCACCGUGGCAGCCAUCUUCCGCGGGCGCAUGUCCAUGAAGGAGGUGGACGAGCAGAUGCUGAGCGUCCAGAACAAGAACAGCAGCUACUUCGUAGAGUGGAUCCCCAACAACGUGAAGACCGCCGUCUGCGACAUCCCGCCCCGCGGCCUCAAGAUGUCUGCCACUUUCAUCGGCAACAGCACGGCCAUCCAGGAGCUGUUCAGGAGGAUCUCGGAGCAGUUCACCGCCAUGUUCCGCCGCAAGGCCUUCCUCCACUGGUACACCGGCGAGGGCAUGGACGAGAUGGAGUUCACCGAGGCCGAGAGCAACAUGAACGACCUGGUGUCUGAGUACCAGCAGUAUCAGGAUGCCACAGCUGACGAGAUGGGCGAGUAUGAGGAGGACGAGCUGGAGGAUGAGGACCAGGAUACCCAGCAGCCUCAUGACGUCCGCCACUGAGAUAUAUAAAUAUAUAUAUAUAUAUAUUUAUAUAUAUACGCCAUUCACAUUACAUUAUCAAUAGGUACUGUAUACAAGAAUGAGGUAAUGUUGCGUCAAGAUAGUUUAGCCUAAGGACUACUAAUGCUGCAUUUCAUUGUGGUUCAGAUCUCUACUGAAGGCCGUAAGUGAUGUUAGAAACAUAAGUUAUGUGAGUAUUUUAAAUAACGUCCUUGGUUUUCUAGUUUGUCAGUAAAAGUAAAAGUAAAACAAUAACGAUACAGUAAUUGUCAAAACCAAUUUUUGUUACCUCAGAAUGCAUUCUCUGUCGCAUAAUAAAAUGGUCCUGUCCAAUGAAUACCA